AUGUCGACUGCUGUGGAAGCGACCGGUUUCAUCAUGUGCAUCAUCAGUUGGCUGGUGACCGGAGCCUCGCUGGCCAACGACUACUGGAAGAUCUCCUCCGUCUCCGGCUCCGUCAUCAUCUCCCAGAGGCAGUUUGAAAACCUGUGGCACUCCUGUGCCGAGAACAGCGCCGGUAUCGCCGAGUGUCGGGACUUCGAGUCGCUGCUCGGCCUCCCCAUUCACGUGCAGGCGUGUCGCGCCCUCAUGAUCAUCUCUCUGCUGCUGGGCCUCUGCUCCAUGGUCGUGGCUCUGCUCGGAGUCAAGUGCAUCAAGAUCGGCUCAGCCACCGACCAGUCCAAGGCCAAGAUCGCCUUCUGCGGAGGAAUCCUCGCCCUCCUCGCCGGUCUGUGCUGUAUGAUCGCUUGUUCCUGGUACGCCUACAGAGUCGUUCAGGACUUCAACGACCCCUUCUACGCCGGCGUGAGGUUCGAGCUGGGUACUGGCCUCUUCCUGGGAUGGGGAGGAGCCUCUCUGUUCAUACUGGGCGGAGCUUUCCUCUGCACUGCCUGUAGCCGAGCAUCAGCUGGAGACAAGAAAAGAGGUUUCUAUGGAAAACAACCACAGAAGGUCUACAAUCCAUCAGCCAAGUCAGAUCCAGAUACAGGCAGAGCUUACGUCUAGUUACACACACUCACAAACACACACAAACACACAUGCACACACACACACACCGCGCCUCCAAAUAUAAGAACUUCUAGUUUGAAAAAAACAAGAUGGCGCUGGACAGAUCUGGAGUCUUCACCAACCAUAGAGAGAUGUGCACUGUCCUAGCUGUGCUCUUAUUUUGAAGGUUCAACCAACCUGUAACUGUCCUGAUUCAUUGAAACUGUUGUAACAAAGAUUUCUGGUGAGAGUUCAGGUUCUUUGAGGAGAACAACACAAACACACACUUCUUCACGAUGUUCACUGAUGUUUUAGGAACUAAGAAAGUUUUUUUAAGAG